GCGGCGAGCUGAGGCGGCCGAGGGGCUGGUCCAGGCGCGGCCGCUAAGAGGAGACCAAGAGGCGGGGGCUGCACUUGACAACCAGCAUGCCGAGAUGGCACGUUUUGUGCCCUCCCCGCCUCCAAAUUGCCUCAGUUACAAACCAGAGGGCAGGCUUGGUGACCAAGACUGGCAAGCGCAUUUUAAGGUCCCAUGCUGUGGGGUUGAUCCAUCUCAACUUGAGUCAGAAGAGGCAGAAGUGGAUGUGAGAGAAAGAGACACACAGAGAGACAGAGAGCCAAAGAGAGCAAGAGACUUGACUUUAAGAGACUCCUGUACUGACAACUCCAUGCAGUUCGGAACCAGAACAACUGCGGCUGAACCAGGGUUCAUGGGGACAUGGCAAAACGCUGAUACUAACCUCUUAUUCAGAAUGUCCCAACAGGUUCCACUGGCAUGUGCUGGCAGAGUGCUGGGUGCCGACUAUUGCCCAAACCUGGAGGAACCAGACCACAGGCUGGAAGUCCAGGCCAUCCGCUGCACAUUGGUAAACUGCACGUGUGAGUGUUUCCAGCCUGGGAAGAUUAACCUGCGGACGUGUGAUCAGUGUAAACAUGGCUGGGUGGCACAUGCCUUGGAUAAACUCAGCACACAGCACCUGUACCACCCCACUCAAGUGGAGAUUGUGCAGUCCAAUGUCGUGUUUGACAUCAGCAGCCUGAUGCUCUAUGGAACGCAGGCAGUGCCUGUGCGGCUAAAGAUACUGCUAGACCGGCUCUUCAGUGUCCUGAAGCAAGAGGAAGUGCUGCACAUACUACACGGCCUGGGCUGGACCCUGAGGGACUAUGUCCGAGGAUACAUCCUUCAGGACGCUGCUGGCAAGGUACUGGACCGCUGGGCCAUCAUGUCUCGAGAAGAGGAAAUCAUCACCCUUCAGCAGUUUCUGCGGUUUGGGGAAACCAAAUCCAUCGUGGAGCUGAUGGCAAUUCAGGAGAAAGAAGGGCAAGCCGUGGCUGUACCGUCUUCCAAGACAGACUCGGAUAUAAGGACUUUCAUUGAGAGCAAUAACCGCACCAGGAGUCCUAGCCUCCUCGCUCACCUGGAGAACAGCAAUCCUUCCAGCAUCCAUCAUUUUGAAAACAUACCAAACAGCCUUGCAUUUCUGCUUCCAUUCCAGUAUAUAAACCCUGUCUCUGCCCCACUCUUAGGGUUGCCACCCAACGGGCUGCUUCUAGAGCAGCCCGGACUGAGGCUGAGGGAACCAAGCAUUUCAACUCAGAAUGAGUACAAUGAGAGCAGUGAAUCUGAAGUGUCGCCUGCACCAUAUAAGAGUGAUCAGACGCCCAAUAGAAAUGCCCUGACUAGCAUCACUAAUGUGGAACCCAAAACCGAGCCAGCAUGUGUCUCCCCCAUUCAGAAUUCUGCCCCAGUCAGUGACCUAAGCAAAACUGAACACCCAAAAAGCUCAUUCCGGAUUCACCGUAUGAGAAGGAUGGGGUCAGCCUCGAGGAAAGGAAGGGUAUUCUGUAAUGCUUGUGGGAAGACGUUCUAUGACAAAGGUACUCUCAAAAUUCACUAUAAUGCUGUUCACCUGAAGAUUAAACACCGAUGUACCAUUGAAGGUUGCAACAUGGUCUUUAGUUCCCUUCGAAGCCGGAAUCGCCACAGUGCAAACCCCAACCCCCGCCUUCAUAUGCCUAUGCUAAGGAAUAACCGAGACAAAGAUUUAAUCCGGGCUACAUCAGGAGCUGCCACUCCAGUCAUAGCAAGUACAAAAUCAAAUCUCACACUCACGAGUCCUGGCCGGCCCCCGAUGGGUUUUACCACCCCUCCACUAGACCCCGUCUUACAGAACCCUCUCCCAAGCCAGCUGGUAUUUUCUGGGCUAAAGACUGUACAGCCGGUUCCUCCUUUUUAUAGAAGUUUACUUACUCCAGGGGAAAUGGUGAGUCCUCCAACCUCCCUCCCAACCAGUCCCAUCAUUCCAACCAGUGGCACCAUAGAACAGCACCCUCCUCCACCCUCUGAGCCAAUAGUGCCAGCAGUGAUGAUGGGUACUCAUGAGCCCAGCACUGACCUGGCACCUAAGAAAAAGCCUAGGAAGUCAAGCAUGCCUGUAAAAAUUGAGAAGGAAAUCAUUGACACUGCUGACGAGUUUGACGAUGAGGACGACGAUCCUAAUGACGGCGGGACCGUGGUCAAUGACAUGAGCCAUGACAAUCAUUGUCAUUCCCAAGAUGAGAUGAGCCCAGGCAUGUCCGUGAAGGACUUCUCUAAGCAUAACAGGACCCGGUGCAUCUCAAGAACUGAAAUAAGAAGGGCUGACAGUAUGACGUCUGAGGACCAGGAGCCUGAGCGGGACUAUGAGAACGAGUCCGAGUCUUCAGAGCCUAAGCUGGGAGAGGAAUCCAUGGAGGGGGAUGAUCACAUUCACAGUGAGGUGAGCGAGAAGGUCCUGAUGAACAGCGAGAGGCCCGAUGAGAACCACAGCGAGCCAUCCCACCAGGACGUCAUCAAGGUAAAGGAAGAAUUUACAGACCCCACUUACGACAUGUUUUACAUGAGCCAGUACGGACUAUACAACGGUGGGGGGGCCAGCAUGGCUGCCCUGCAUGAAAGUUUUACAUCGUCUCUGAAUUAUGGAAGCCCUCAAAAGUUCUCCCCUGAAGGUGACCUGUGUUCUAGUCCCGACCCCAAAAUCUGUUAUGUGUGCAAGAAGAGCUUCAAAAGCUCCUACAGUGUGAAGCUUCACUACAGGAACGUUCACUUAAAAGAGAUGCACGUCUGCACGGUGGCUGGCUGCAAUGCUGCCUUCCCCUCUCGUCGAAGCAGAGACAGACACAGUGCCAACAUAAACCUGCAUCGUAAACUGUUGACCAAAGAACUGGAUGACAUGAGCCUGGACUCAUCGCAGCCCUCCCUUAGCAAGGACCUCCGGGAUGAAUUUUUGAUGAAGAUCUAUGGUGCCCAACACCCUCUGGGGCUCGAUGGCAGGGACGAUGCCUCUUCUCCUGCAGGGACGGAAGACUCCCACCUGAAUGGGUACGGGAGAGGCAUGGCAGAGGACUACAUGGUCCUUGACCUGAGUACCACCUCCAGCUUCCAGUCCAGCAGCAGUGUCCAUUCCUCCAGAGAGUCCGAUGCAGGCAGCGACGAGGGGAUUCUUCUUGAUGACAUCGAUGGUGCGAGUGACAGUGGGGAAUCCAUUCACAAGGCCGAGGCCCCCACCCUCCCCGGCAGCCUCGGGGCUGAAGUUUCAGGAUCUCUUAUGUUCAGCAGCUUGUCUGGGAGCAAUGGUGGGAUCAUGUGCAACAUCUGCCACAAAAUGUACAGUAACAAGGGGACCCUGAGGGUCCACUACAAAACUGUGCAUUUGCGAGAGAUGCAUAAGUGCAAAGUCCCCGGCUGUAACAUGAUGUUCUCCUCUGUGCGAAGCCGAAACAGGCACAGCCAGAACCCCAAUCUCCACAGAAACAUUCCCUUCACUUCAAUAGAUUAGUCCCAGGAUGGACACUCCAAAUGCCAGCUCUCACCAGACGGCCUACAUGUUUGAACUGCCAUAGCCAGUGUGUGCUUCCGCAGUGGGGCACAUAUGUGUGUGUGCAUAUGUGUGCCUCUGUGUCUACACUUGUGCACACACAUAUUUUCUUUUCUUUAGAUAAAAAUGAUAAAUACUAGGUGCUUUUGAAUUUUUUUUUUCUUUUUCCUUUAUAGUUUUGGGAGAGGGUGGAUCUUUUACUUGGGGUAAAAACAAGAGUGCCCUUUUCAGCACACAGAUACACACACACACAAACACAACACAACACACAAAGUGUGCAACUAACCCCAAUUUUGAUAGAAUAAUUCUUUGUCUUCUCCAAAGAGACAUUUUGUUGUACCUAUGACUGUUGCCUGCAAAAAA